AUGGCAGAGAAUACUAGGAUAGCGAUUGUUGGAGCAGGCAUGGGCGGCCUAGCGGCAGCACUAUCUCUCGCAAAAGCUGGUCACAAGAACAUCACGAUAUAUGAAAACGCAACGAAUAUGGGCUUCGUAGGCGCCGGCAUCCAACUCGCACCAAAUAUGGCUCGCAUCCUCGACCGAUUAUGUUGCUGGGGACCAAUCCGCGACGAGGCAGUUCAAUGCGCAAAUACAUCAAUUCGGGAAGGCUCGACAGACAAGGAGCUAGGGUACGUAGAUCUGGGCUACGUGCGAGAAAAGUAUGGAUACCCACACAUGGUCGGCCACCGAGCGAGUUUGGCAAAUGGCCUCUAUGAGGGUUGCAAGAAGGAAAGCGGGAUCACAUUCAAGCUGGGCUGCAACAUAUCCAACGUACAGUUUGGUGCGAAGCCAAAGUUCACCAUUACACCAGCUCAGGGCAACGGAGAGCCCCAACAAGUCGAAUGCGACAUCCUGCUCGGUGCGGACGGCGUUAAGAGCUCUACUCGCGUCGCCAUGCUCAAGGAGCUCGGCCACACCGGCGCAGCUUGCGACUCAGGACAAGCUGCAUACCGUAUCAUGUUGACCCGAGACCAGAUGGAGAACGACCCCGAGCUACUGAAAUUGAUUGAGUCCGACACAGUCACACGCUGGAUUGGCGAGAAGAAACACAUCAUUGCCUAUCCAAUCCACAACAAGCAAAUCUACAACAUCUCCACCGCGCAGCCCGAUAUCAACUUCGCCGGAGCACCAGACGCGCAAUAUACGACCAAAGGCAGCAAGAAGGCCAUGUUGGACGUUUACGGCGAUUUCUGUCCGAUGAUACAUCGCAUGUUGAACCUGGUGCCAGAGGGCGAAGUUGUGGAAUGGAAGCUACGGGUUCAUGAUCCGUUGGUAACCUGGGUGCAUGGUACAGCUGCCUUGGUCGGCGACGCUUGUCAUCCAACGCUCCCACACAUGGCCCAAGGUGCAGCGCAGGCGAUUGAAGACGGAGCUGUGCUGGGCGUCGUGCUUUCCCCUAAGCGCAUCGCAGACGGGAAGCCGCAGACCAUCGAGCACGCACUUCGCUUGUAUGAGAAGCUGAGGAAGCCGAGAGCGGAAGCACUCGUUGAGCUCGCGGCGCAGAACGGAAGAGACAUGCAUCUUGGAGCUGGCAAGGCGAAGGAGGAGCGCGAUAAGAUCUUUGCGGCGCUGAAGUCUGGAUCCGGGAAGGUGCCGGACAAAUGGGCGGAUGCAGAUAUCCAGGCGCAAGUCUAUGGUGUUGAUGUUGUGGCUGAAGCGGAAGAGCUGUGUCAGAAGGAGGGGUUGGAAGCGAAGUUGUAG